GGCAAUUGGUACGGGAGGAUGCGAAAAGAUAUGUGAGGAAAAAACAACUUUCGUAGUAAUUGAUUCUUCUUCUAAAGAAAAAUGGCUUGAGCAACUUCUGGAGUCAUAAAGUCGACAAUGAUAUUGUCAUUGCUGUUCACGCUUAUGUUUUUGGGAAAUGUAGUUUUUGCAGAGAAAAUCGGAUGUUUGCCUACAGAAUACCGUUGCAGUUCUGGGCAGUGUGUCGAUGGCGGUCGUUAUUGUGAUGGGAAUCUUGAUUGCUACGAUGGCAGUGAUGAACCCGAAAUGUGUACAAAUUGCAACCGUACCUUCUAUGGGAUGACGGAUGUGAAAUAUCCCCUAAGGCUUAGCGAGAGGCGAUCCCCUACCUGUAUCUUGAUGUUCGAAGCGGCUGGUGGUAGAUAUGGAGAUCUGAUCGAGAUUACUUUCCUCUCCUUCCAGAUUGGGACUUUCGAUUUAGACAGUACAAGCUGCCUGCGUGGAUACAUGGAAGUUGAGGAACUUAGUCCAUCUUCAAGUGAAAAGCGUUCAAGUCGAAUGGCCCGUCGAACAAAGAAAAAAGGCACAUCGCGUCGAAAGGAGAACCCACUGAAAGCCCACUCUGGAUCAUUCUGUGGCUCACUCAUGGGGCAGUCAGCGACAUUUUAUAGCACAGGAGGCAAAGUAAAAUUAACGAUAUUCGUACCCCCACAAGGUGCAGGACAGCCUAUUGUGCCCCGCCUGUACCUAACAUACAGGUUCUUAAAAAGAAGAACAGAAGAUUCCUUCAGCAAGUUUACUGGAGAAUCUAAAUGCGAUACAUUGAUUACAGAUUGUCAUUAUCGGAAUUGUGUUAUAAGAUCUCCUAAUUUUCCAGGAUUUUAUCUGAGAAACAUUACAUGCCACUACUGGAUACGGCAAGAUUCGGCACCGCCAGGAAAAAGGGCCCACAUUGAAAUUUACCAAGUGAAUGAAUUUAAAAUAAACAUUCCCAGUGGUCACACAAACAGUGAUCGAGUCAAAAGAGGUACUCUGACGUCAGAUUGUGCUGGUGACAUCAUUCGAUUAUUCGAUGGACGUACUUUAGAGGCACCACUUUUAGCGGAGUUCUGUGGAGCGGGUCCUUUACCCGCCAUAAGAUCAAGUGGACCAGAUCUUUUAGUGCAAUUAAAAAGUGCGCCAUCACAAACUCUAUCAAACUCUCACUUCGAACUGUCUGUUAAAAUACAUUUGGAACAACUAUCCGGGCUGUUCAGAACUGCUCCAGAAAGUUGUUCCGUAACUGUUGAUGGAAAUAAGCAUCCAGUUGGGAUUUUGAGAAGUCCUGCUCAUGCGGUUCCAUCAGGCACAACAUGUACUUAUCACAUAGUUGGUAAAAGACCUACUGAUCGGAUAUGGUUAUAUUUCACAUCUUAUCACAUGCCUGAUUUGCAUCCGUAUACAGAUAAAGAACAUUGCGAUGUUGGAAAAUUAGAAAUUAUCUAUCCAGUGCCAAAACUAAGGCAUUCCCAUCAUUUUUACCAACACCAGCAACUGUUACAUUUGGUCUCAGAGCAAAAAACUAAUUAUUCCAAGGCACUGGUAGAAAGUUUUUGCGAAAAAAAUUCGCCAAGACAGUGUGGUCAUGCAUCGGAUUAUUCGGAUUUAAUACCGUCUCGACCGUGUAGUAUACCUGAUGAAAGUUACUUAAGCGUGGGACCUGAAAUCUUGCUGAAUGUUUCGUUUCUGUCGUCAACAGUGAUUCGAGACAAUGGUGUUCCCCACUUCACUGCUCGUUAUGAAAUAGUUGAAACAAUGGUUUCAAACGAAGAUGUUUCAUCUCCACCGUGCAUAGUAACAUUAGACAGCAGAGAUUCCGAACGCGGUAUUUUAAAAUCUCCUAAAAACGUAUUUUUAUUUGGUAGAGGCGGAUCUAAAGAUCUUGUAUGUAGGUACGAACUUCGUGGUUCUUCAAACCAAAAAAUAAAGUUGAAAAUUAAAGAUAUUCAUUUUUCCUCGACAUUACUUUGCAAAAAUAUGUACGAACCAGUAGUUCAAAGAUACAAGUGUAAUAUUUUAAACAUUGGUAAAUUUGCUGUGCUCAAUAUAACUGAAAUAUGGCAAAAUAUGCAAUUUUUUGUUGGGUGUGUUUGUGAGCAAACGGAAGAGCUUAUCAUUGAAUCUGUUGGACCCGCAAUGAACAUAGAAUUUUUAGUGAGAGAUAUGGGACCUAAGGAUGAUUUUCGAACGUUUUAUUUUCACCUAGAAUACGAGUUUAUUGAUUCUUCUGGUGCAUGUGAUACUUUAUCAACUCUUGAUGGACAAGUUAUGAGUGGCUCUAGAGGUCAUAUGUUCCUGAGUCUGCUUGAGCCAACACCAUUCCGAUGUCGUUGGUUGCUAGCUGCUUUUCCUAAAAGAGCACUUUAUGUUACUGUCAGAGGAAGAGUUUACGACACAGAAUGCAGAAACAAAAUUUUAUUUUUUAAUGUUAAUAACAGAGAACCUCACACAGUGUACUGUUCUACAGACGAAGAACAAUACGAAUCCUUUUUUACCGAAUCAUGGCGAGCAGAUACUGCCUAUUUCUAUCAACCAGACUUGACUUUUCUUGAGUUCAUAGCUGAAGUACCAGGACAGUUGAAAAUAGAUUGGCUUGAAGUCAUUCGCCCGGGGCCCAAUCACUGCCCCCUCGAAUGUCCCGAAUUAGAAGCUUGUAUUGGUGCUGAUUUAGCUUGUGAUGGUAUCCGCCAUUGCCCAACAAGUGGAAACGACGAAACUCCUGAACGAUGCACUCAAUUUCCUUUAUAUACUGUCGUGGUGUCUUCUUUAGCAGCUGUUGUAGUUGUUACGAUAAUUGUUUUGGGCAUUAUCAUCAAGAUAAGACAUAUCUCAGCGUCUGAUAAGACAGUGAUUCCUCCACCAGACAUGUAUAAAAAUAAUUACAAGCGUCCGCCUCCCAAUAAGUCUCCCAUAAGGUAGCAGUAUGCCGAAAGGUUCUGGAUCGCGGAACCUUUUACAGAUGACCAAUUUUUAGAGCUCUACUUACCACCGCCCCCUAAUUUUCGCGGUGCAGAUUAUGAUUCUGACGCUAUUUAUUCCGAAACAAAAGUGUGAUCUUAUAAUUGUGGAUUUUACAAGGUGUUCUCUAAACACCUUCCUUGCACGAGUUUUUGGAUUCUUGCUCAAACAUAGCUUAACCCUUUGAUGCAGAAGUUUUAUUAACAUAUUUUUCAUACUUUCAUGCUAUUUU